UUCUCGAUUCCACAAAAAGAUGUGGAGAAAUAAUUGAAUUGGCCCUUCAGUAAACCACCAAGUUGACUAAAAGGAAGUCUCGUUCUUUUUGGGGGUUUGACAAGUUUCCCUUUUAUUUUUUUCAAAACUCAUUCGUUUCUAUCAGUUGAAUACGUUCUGGUUUCUUCCUGGUUGACGAAUAAGCUGUCAUGGAUAAACUGGUGGCGCUGCGUAAUAAGUACCAAACUUUCUUGGAUAAGUUAACCCCAUUCAUUUUGUAUCGCUGGGUGUGCUUUGGCAAUAUACUCGUUCUCUUUCUUGUUCGAAUAUUUUUAGCACAGGGAUUUUAUAUUAUAGCAUAUGUUUUAUUCAUCUACUUACUUAACCUUUUCAUACUUUUCUUGCAACCUCAAGAUCGUGAGGCGCUUGCUUCCUCGAAUGCAGAGGGUCCAACCCUUCCUGUGAGUUCUUCCGAUGAAUUUCGGCCGUUCGUUAGAAGGCUACCUGAGUUUAAAUUCUGGCUAUCUGCGACGCGUGCCACUAUUCUUUGUUUGUUUGCUACUGCGUUUAGAAUACUUGACAUACCAGUAUUUUGGCCUAUAUUGGUUAUUUACUUUAUUAUGCUCUUUGUUGCAACCAUGCGCCGACAGAUUGCAGAUAUGAUUCAAUAUCAUUAUUUACCCUUUAACUUUGGCAAAAGGAAGUAUACAAGUUCUACCAAAUUCGUAGCAAGGCGACAAGAAACUCAAGACAACGACGCUAUUGCCCUGAAGAGUUCUGCAAACAUCAAGUUACCUGCUUCGGCACAGUCUCCGAGGAAUAGUGGAACCCAGCUUGAUAACGUUAAAGACAACGUUAGUUCAGGAACGACAGGAACCGUUCCCGGAGGUUCUUUGAAAACUCCUUCGCCCACUUCUAGACAGCUUCAUCGCUUUCACAGAGGGUAACUGAAUUUGCCUUUUCAUAAAUAUUUUUGUAUUCUUAUCAUCUUAGCUUUUUCUUUCUGAGUCGUUCUUUCCGUAGCUGUUUUAACUGCCUACGCAAGUGGGACUUUGACCAAGAAAUGUUCUUCUCUUCCAAACCUUUUUGAAAACGUAAUCCUACUUCUUUUAUUUCACUCCAAGCAUGUUCAAAGUUUUCAAACAACUCGGAAACAAAGGUAUCUUGAGGCUCAGGUUUCUUCUCCCAUACGUGUUGGGGAGCUGGCCUUCUCUUAAGAGUCCUUUGUAAACUUUCAAUUCCUUUCGUGGGUUCUUCAUACACUAUUUCCGAAUCUAUUUUUCUUUCACUAUCUCCCAAUUUUAGAUAAGUU